GUGGUCAUAAAAUAACUUUUGCAGUGCGGGUGCGCAUCAUUCACCCACCAGCAUCGUCACUACCGUCAACAACAAUUCCACCAUCAAUUCACGACCUCCUUCACGAACCUACGAAUUUCCGCCCCCCACGCACACGUAACGACGCAAUGGACCCUACAAUGGCCGACCUCGGCCUCGCCGACUUCAACGAGAAGGACCGCAAGGACCUCCAAGUGUUCCUCGAGAACGAGCGACAGAAGGCGAAAUUUCAAGACAACGUGCACUCGCUCACGGCGAUGUGCUGGGGCAAGUGCAUAGCGCCGAACAAGAUUUUGGGGCCGCAGGUGGACAAGGCCGAGGCGGGGUGUCUCGACAACUGUGUCAACCGCUACAUUGAUGCGCAGAAGACGGUGAUUGCGCAGUUGGAUCGGAUUGGGCGGCAGUAGGGGGUUACGCGGUUUUGUAUCAUACGGGAGAAGAGCGAGGGGGCAAAAUUGGCAGGCGGGAGAGGUUUGUCUGGAGCAUAGGUACGCGGCAGGCAGGCUUAGAUUUCCGAAUACGAUACGUACGAUACGAUAGGAU